GUUUGGACUUCACGGCACACAUCAAAGAUCCGGCAAUACACAUCUCAGGCAUAAUACUGACGUUUAUAUACCAUAACACCAUGGUUCUCAUCCCGGAAAAUAUGCUUCUAUCUCAAUCCUUACUUCUGUCCCUGCCAACUUGAAACUCUCGACCGCUCACAUACUCACCAAUUCCUCGCCACGAUGCCUUCCGAUAGCUUCAAAUCAACCGCCAAGCUCGAUCUUUCUCCUUGGGCAGAACCUCCAUGGUCGCAAGGCAUAGCUUCUCCUUAUUACAACGACUCCCACCGCGCCCUCCGCGACUACGUCCGCUCCUAUGUCGACGAACACAUCCUUCCAGCACACCUCGAAUGGGAGAACGCGGGUGCUGCUCCACGUGAACAACAACUCGCGUGGGCGCAAUCCGGCAUACCCUUCGCUGAGGUUCCAGCAGCCUAUAGGCCCACGCAUAUCCCCGGUCCAGCAGGCAUACCCGCCGGCGAGUUGGACGCUUUCCACCUGCUCGUCAUGACGGACGAGACAGCGCGGGUCCAGGGAGGCGUGAUGAGUAGUCUUGGUGGAGCCAGCGUCAUUGGACUGCCUCCAAUACUGGUGCAUGGCACGGAAGAGCAGAAGCGCAAAUGGGUACCUGGUGUGUUCGAUUGGCAGACGUCAUUCUGUCUAGGUAUCACCGAGCCCGGUGUUGGUAGCGACGUAGGAAACAUAGAAGCGUCCGCAAUCAAGAGUGCAGAUGGGAAGUCGUACGUGGUGAAUGGGAUGAAGAAAUGGAUCACAGGUACACCAUGGGCAACCCAUAUGACGACCGCCGUGCGUACAGGCGGACCUGGCCACAGCGGCAUCAGUGUGCUUGUCAUUCCAAUGAACAGUAAAGGCCUAACCUGGCGUCGCAUUGAGAACAGUGGACAAAAAGCUGGCGGCGCAAGCUUGAUAGAGCUCGACGACGUGCACGUUCCGGUCGAGAACCUGCUUGGCCGCGAGAACGACGGCUUUAAGAUCAUAAUGACUAACUUUAACAAGGAGCGCUUCAUCAUGUCGAUAGGUUGCAACCGGCACGCGCGUACCUGCCUCUCGCACUCUCUUGCAUAUGCACACAAACGUACUACAUUCGGCAAACCACUCAUUUCCAAUCAAGUUAUCGCAGUCAAACUCUCUACGCUCGCGAGGUAUAUCGAAUCGCACUGGGCGUGGCUCGAGCAGAUCGCCUACGCGGUCCAGAACAGCCCGCACGGCUGGCAGGAUCCGGACUUAGCGGGCCGCAUUGCCUUGGCCAAAGUGCAAGGUGGACGUCUCUUGGAGCUGGCGAGCAGGGAAGCUCAGCAGGUUUUUGGUGGCGCUGGUUAUCAGCGUGGGGGAGUUGGCGCAAUUGUCGAGCAGAUCAGUCGCGAUUUGCGGAUGAUGGUCGUUGGAGGCGGAAGUGAGGAGAUCAUUGCUGAUUUGGCAGUGAGGCAAGAAACAGCGUUGGCAAAGAGAAGAGGUUGGAAGUUAUAGCGGCGUAGUACGUAGUGAAAGACCUGCCCUACGCUAUAUUACGAAUUAAUACAUGCC